AUGAAGGUUGGAAUCAUAGGCGCAGGGGCUGCAGGACUGUACGCCGCUAUGCUGCUGGAUUCUCUCGACAUCGACUACGAUAUACACGAAGCCUCGGACCGUAUUGGAGGAAGGAUCUUUACUUAUCGAUUUGAUCAGGAGGCGUGGGACAACUCAACACCCGACGACCCGGAGUAUUACGACUACUAUGAUGUUGGAGCUAUGCGCUUUCCUCCAAUGCCGUAUAUGGAUCGCGUCAUUGGCAACGAGUCAUGGAGUCUUAUACCUUAUAUCAAUGCCCGAGUAAAUGAGAGUGAUAAAGUCGUCCAGAAGAACUACAUUUUUGAAACAAACAACACAUUCCGAAUGUAUAAUAACAUUCGUGCGAUGAUGAACGAUACUGGCGCAGAGUCACCCAACCGGUACAAUGUACCUAUUUUCAACACUACCUUCGACACGCAGUCUGCCUCUGAUCUCUGGUCCAAUCAGGUCAAGUCUAUGUCUACAGAGCUGUCAAAGAAUUUCACCAAAGGAUUCAAUACCCUCAUGGAAUUAGACUCGAUGUCUGUGCGGCAAUUUCUUAUCAAAAACGGGUUCGCUAAUAGCGAGAUUGACUGGAUGGAAACUGUCAACGACGCCACCGGGCACUAUGAUAUGUACUCCAUGUCUCAAGCUAUCCUGGAAGAAUGGAUUUUUACGAGUGCGAACAUAAGCAACUGGUCGCUCAUCAAUGGUGGCAUGGAUCGACUGACAUAUGGAAUGAACCUGAUUAUAAAAAACAAGCCCGUUAUGCACAAUCGUGUGACAGAUAUCAAGAAGACUUCUGAUUAUAACUUAACAGUUGUGGUCAACGGCACUCAGGAGUACAACUAUGCGCAUGUCAUUUCGACUGCACCGCUUGGCGCAUUGCAAGCAAUCAAUACGACUGAAUUGGAAUUGAGCUAUUUCCAAAACACUGCGAUUCGCAGUCUACAAUAUGAUCCUUCAACCAAGAUAGGCUUCAAGUUCCAAACACGAUGGUGGGAGAACCUCACGACUGGUGCUUUCCAAGGCGGCCAAUCAUUCACCGACUUGCCAAUUCGGCGUUGCGUGUAUCCUUCCUAUGGGCUUGAUGUACCUGGAGCUCCUGGAUCGAUGAUAGCUAGUUAUGUUUGGGGUCAGGAUGCUUCGCGCCUAGGCUCAUACCUCAACCCACACAACCCCACGACCCAGGCGCCCGCCCAACCGGACAGCAUCGACACCCUGGUCGACCUGACGUUGAGAGAUCUAGCAGUUCUUAACGGAGUAUCUUAUGAAUUUGUCAAAUCCCAGUUUGUGGAUUAUCAUGCGUACUCUUGGUACGACUCGGCUUACUCAAAUGGCGCCUUUGCUAUCUUUGGGCCAGGCGAAUUCAGCAGUCUAAUGCCUUGGUUACUUAUGCCGGCAGUGAAUGGACACAACAAAGACUGUCACGAUUCUAAGGAUGUUGCUUACUCAAUUGUACUAGUGCACUUUGCCGGCGAGGCUCUCAGCUCUGGUCACGCGUGGAUCAUUGGAGCCGUUAACAGUGCGUGGCGAACGGUCUACGAAAUUCUGUGCACUGAAGGAAUGGAGGAUAAGAAGGCAAAGUUCAUCCAAACAUGGAACAUCACAGACGAGGUAGAGCUGGGCUGGUACAACUGGUCUCCAGCCGGCUUGCCCAUAACCGCAGCUCCUUAA